AUGAUUGAGUUAGGUGAAGAAGCGGAAUUCUUAUACUCGGUCGAGAUAGAUACAAAUGAAAUGGUGGUUUCAGCCAAAGCUUUGGCAAUUAACUUCUCGUCCUCAUCGAAUUUACCUGAGAGGGUAGUUGAAGAGCCAAGAUGUGGUUCUGAUUCGGAUGCGACAGCCGGUUCAACUAUACCUCCUGGUUCAGUUAAAUCGCCAACAGUGACGGUGUCGGCAGUUCAGCCCUCACAUUCUAUGCGGUUACCAGAAAUCCCUCUCCCACGGUUCUCAGGGGAUCUGGCAGAUUGGCCAGUCUUUCGCGAUAGGUUCGUCGCUCUAGUGGACAGUCGUUCCAAUAUUUCCAACAUUGAAAAAUUCUAUUACCUUCUGAGUUGUCUUGAGCUUGAGGCAUCUGAGGUCGUAAAGGGGAUAACGGUUUCGAAUGACACCUAUUCCUUGGCCUGGAAGGCGUUGGUGGAACGGUUUGAUAAACCGCGCAAGUUGGCGUCGUUUAUUUUAGAUGUGAUUUUAUCAGCUCCGAUAAUUCAACAGGAAUCGACUUCCUCGUUGAAUAAGUUUUUGAAUAUUUUUGAUGAAAAUGUUGGUAUUCUCGAAUCUCUCGAAAUUCCAGAUUUUGGCGACUUUCUGUUGUUUUCGAUUGCCUUUCGGUCUUUGCCUGUGUCGUCGCGUCGUCUGUUUGAAACGACAAAUUCGGAAGAGUAUCCGAAGGCACAGGAACUUUUCAAAUUUGUGAAGAACCGAAUCCAAGUUUUGGAGUUGGCAGGAGGAACUCCAUCUUCCUCUGGUAGCAAAGAGGGACAUUUAAAACCGUCGAGCUACAAGAAAGAUCGGAAGAUAUCUACAUCGUUAGUGGCAACACAGUCAACCAGUACUCCGGUUACAAUGUCCGUUAAGUGUCCAAAUUGCGAUGGAUCACAUCAGUUAAGCAAUUGUUCUGAUUUUAAGGGGUUGUCGAUAGAGGAUCGAUAUGCGGUAGUAUCAAGUCACCGACUUUGCAUGUCAUGUUUCAGUAAUCGACACUGGUCGAAUAAAUGCAGGGAAAGCUGUCCAAAAUGCAAACGUCGUCACCACUUGCUUCUUCAUAGAGAUGCUGAGACAAGCCAGGGAUCUGCAGUUCAGCAGCCACCCGUCGUAAUGCUUGGUUCUCAACCUUCCCUAUCUGUUUUACUCGGUACUGCAAUAGUUAUGGUGCGAGAUGUUGGCGGGGAUCUUCAACCUGUCAGGGCUCUUCUCGAUUCCGGGUCACAAACCAGCAUCAUCAAAGAAAGUUGUUUAGAUCGGCUAGGUCUUAGGCGGUCAAGAUGGACGGCCUCACUGACGGGUCUCUCUGGUCAGUCUGUUCCUAAGGUUUUAGGAAAGGUAAAAUUAGAAGUGCGACCUUGUUAUGAGCCAGUUCCGGUCAUAACGGUUACGGCAUGGGUUUUACCUACCAUAACGGCAGAUCUGCCAAGUCAACAGUUGAACGUCGGUAUAAGAGAAAGUUGUUCUCACUUGAAGCUUGCAGACCCCUCCUUUGAUACCCCAGCUCCGGUGGAAUUAUUGUUAGGGGCUGAUGUGUUCCCCCAGGUGUGGUUUGGUGAGCAGUACUCCCUCGGCCAUGGGCUUCCAACAGCGUAUAGUUCUGCUUUUGGAUGGGUGCUAAUCGGUCCAGUUUCGCAAGUCGUUAGUUCUAAUGCACAUUGCCUAUUAGCGACGUUCAACCCGUCCAUAGAAUCACUGAUGGAGAAAUUCUGGGAGGUGGAAGAACCAGAUGAGGCUCCUCCACAGUUCACGGAUCAAGGAUGCUGCGAAGCCAAGUUCAAGGCGGAAACCAUCAUUGAUGAGACCGGCCGAUACAGUGUUCCACUACCGUUCAGGCAAGAUUUGCCCCUUCCAACAUUCGAUGGUAUAAAACAGAUAGCGGUUAAACGUUUUGAACACCUUGAACGGAAACUAGUCCAAGAUGAGAAACUAGGAAUGGCCUAUCGGGAAUUUAUGGCCGAACGAAGCGUUAGGUCACAUGUCCGUGGCAAAGAAUCCGGGUCAAUAUAUUAUCCCGCAUCAUGCGGUGUGGAAACAGGGACUUAG